CUCCCCUGCCAAAUCUCCAGCCUACAUAAACCGUUCACUCUCCCUCCUUCAACCUCGCGUCUUCUUCCUAUUUGCCCGUCGACCUAUCUAAGCGGAAGAACAAGUCACUCCUCAGUCCUUCCCGUUCUAUCUUCUCCUAUAAAGAAAAAUGGCAUCUCACAUUGUUGGAUAUCCCCGCAUGGGCCCAAAGAGAGAGCUUAAAUUUGCUCUUGAGUCUUUCUGGGAUGGGAAGAGCAGUGCUGAGGACUUGCAGAAGGUGGCAACAGACCUCAGAGCUUCCAUCUGGAAACAGAUGGCUAGUGCUGGGACCAAGUACAUCCCUAGCAACACCUUCUCUUACUAUGAUCAGGUGCUUGACACCACUGCUAUGCUUGGUGCUGUCCCACCUAGGUACAACUGGACUGGUGGUGAGAUUGGACACGACACCUAUUUCUCCAUGGCCAGAGGAAAUGCCUCCGUCCCUGCCAUGGAAAUGACGAAGUGGUUUGAUACCAAUUACCACUUCAUUGUCCCUGAGUUGGGCCCUGAUGUGAAAUUCUCUUAUGCUUCUCACAAGGCAGUGAAUGAAUACAAGGAGGCUAAGGCACUUGGUGUAGAUACUGUUCCAGUUCUUGUUGGACCAGUGUCAUACUUGCUGUUAUCUAAACCUGCCAAGGGUGUUGAAAAAUCAUUCGCAUUGUUGUCCCUUCUUGACAAGAUCCUUCCAAUCUACAAGGAAGUUAUUACUGAAUUGAAAGGAGCUGGUGCUUCUUGGAUCCAGUUUGAUGAACCAAACCUUGUAAUGGACCUUGAGCCUCAACAAUUGGAGACAUUCACUAAAGCCUACUCUGACUUGGAGUCAACUCUAUCUGGUCUUAAUGUUCUUAUUGAGACAUACUUUGCUGAUGUUCCUGCUGCGGCAUACAAAACCCUCACUUCUUUGAAGGGUGUUACUGCAUUUGGUUUUGACUUAGUCCGUGGAUCUCAGACCCUUGAUUUGAUUAAGGGUGGAUUUCCUUCUGGCAAGUACUUGUUUGCUGGAGUUGUUGAUGGAAGGAACAUAUGGGCAAAUGAUCUUGCUGGAUCUCUUUCCCUUCUAGGAUCUCUUGAGGGCAUUGUCGGGAAAGAUAAACUUGUUGUUUCUACCUCUUGCUCUCUUCUCCACACUGCCGUUGAUCUUGUCAAUGAGCCCAAGCUGGAUGAUGAAAUUAAAUCAUGGCUUGCUUUUGCUGCUCAAAAAGUUGUUGAAGUGAAUGCUUUGGCAAAGGCAUUGGCUGGUCAGAAGGAUGAGGCAUUCUUCUCUGCCAACGCUAAAGCCCAAGCUUCAAGAAAAUCCUCUCCAAGAGUAACAAAUGAAGCUGUUCAAAAGGCUGCUGCUGGUUUGAAGGGUUCUGACCACCGUCGUGCUACAAAUGUUAGUGCUAGACUUGAUGCUCAACAAAAGAAACUUAACCUCCCAGUCCUCCCAACCACCACUAUUGGGUCAUUCCCUCAAACGGUGGAACUUAGAAGAGUUCGUCGUGAAUACAAGGCUAAGAAGAUCUCUGAGGAGGAGUAUGUUAAAUCCAUCAAGGAUGAAAUCAGCAAGGUUGUUAAGCUCCAGGAAGAGCUUGAUAUUGAUGUUCUUGUUCAUGGAGAGCCUGAGAGGAAUGAUAUGGUUGAGUACUUCGGAGAGCAGCUCUCUGGGUUUGCUUUCACUGCUAACGGUUGGGUUCAAUCCUAUGGAUCUCGAUGUGUGAAGCCACCCAUCAUCUAUGGUGAUGUUAGCAGGCCCAAGGCAAUGACUGUCUUCUGGUCAAGUGAAGCUCAGAGCAUGACUAAGCGCCCAAUGAAGGGAAUGCUUACUGGCCCUGUUACCAUUCUCAACUGGUCUUUUGUAAGAAAUGACCAGCCAAGAAAUGAAACCUGCUAUCAAAUUGCACUGGCUAUUAAGAAUGAAGUAGAGGAUUUAGAAAAGGCCGGCAUCACUGUUAUCCAAAUUGAUGAAGCUGCCUUGAGAGAAGGUUUACCUCUUAGGAAGGCUGAGCAUGCUUUCUAUUUGAAGUGGGCUGUUCACUCCUUCAGAAUCACCAACUGUGGUAUCCAGGACACAACCCAGAUUCACACUCACAUGUGCUACUCAAACUUCAACGACAUUAUCCACUCCAUCAUUGACAUGGAUGCCGAUGUUAUCACCAUUGAGAACUCACGUUCCGAUGAGAAGCUCCUCUCAGUUUUCCGUGAAGGAGUCAAGUACGGUGCUGGUAUUGGGCCUGGUGUGUAUGACAUCCACUCUCCCAGGAUACCAUCCAAGGAAGAGAUUGCAGACAGAGUUAACAAGAUGCUUGCAGUGCUCGACACCAACAUCCUUUGGGUAAACCCCGACUGUGGUCUCAAGACCCGCAAGUACACUGAGGUGAAACCAGCCCUAGAAAACAUGGUGUCUGCUGCCAAGCUCAUCCGUACCCAGCUUGCUAGUGCCAAGUGAAAUGGCUUUCCCCCAUUCCUUUGUUCUUAGAUUAAUCAAGGAUUUCUCUCUAUUGCUUUGAUUUUCUGUGUUUGGAACGAAACAUUUGUGACCUCAUGUACGCAUAGUAUGCUCCAGUAUGCUACGCUAUAUGGUUUAAUAUGAUUUUUUUACGGUUU